CGCUGGCGGCGCGUAGCACCACGACCCGGGUAGACCCAGACACAAAACCGAUCACACCUAGCCCCUGCCGUAGUCUCCGGCUUUAAGUCAACCAAAGAAGGUACGUCUCCGUCGUCGCGUCGCGUCGUUCAUUUUCGAGUCCUCGUCUUCGUCAUUUCUGCACGAUCUACCUCACCUUUGGCUUUGGCAUCAGCCAGCAGGUACUAGCCCCUGCCUGGGUAGUAGGGUAGCAAGUGCAAAAUUUGUUCCACCACCACCAUCCGUCGUCAUCGUCGUCAUCCGUUCAGUGAGUGUAGUGUAGUGACACAUAGCGCCAUUUGCUAGAUUUUCUUUUUUGUAUGCACUCCUUCACUUGCCGUGAUUUACAAAGUUUCCAGCCCCAGUUCGGUGAAGUUCGGUGUCGUUCUGCUGCAUGUCAGUUUCCAAUCUGUGUUCCGUCGUCGUGAGAGUGGGUCUUUGGGAAUUUUUCCUUGAGCGUGCGCGCGACAAAGAAUAGGAAAACUUUCCUCCAUCCAAGUGGAAAUUUCAUUAUCACGCUUUUGGCGCGUUAUCGUUCCCUCCCGUAAGUUUGAGUGGGUGAAGGCGGCUGCUGAAGAAGAAACUCGCCCAAAGUGCAUCUUGCAUCACUCUACUUUUUUUUUUGCUUUCGUCUUCCUCGGUAGUGCAGUGAAGGCCUGAGAAGACUCGGAAUUGGUUAAAUUGAGUGCACACGCGGUGAAGAGCGGUGGAAUUUCUCAAGAGGCACUCGGUGGUGUUCUGCUGCAGAGAGCUCCCGUUCGUUGUCCGUCCAUUAUUAGAUAAUACCGGAGCAAAUCUCGUUUUCUUGGCCGGGCUGGGAUCUAUCUGGUCGCUGAAGUAGAAGAAAAGCUCCUACGACUACGACGACGACGACAGUUGGCGAGCAGUAUAGUGAAGAAAGAAAAGGCUUUGGCGUUCUUUUUUAUAUCGCGAAGGCCACUACCAUCGUCACGUGCGUCGUCGUUAUUGUUGGCGGUGCUACUGGCUGCGGCUGCAUCUCUGUGAAGUCGAAAGGCGAAGGCGGCUGAUUCGAAGAACACCGAGUGGAAGCACGGCUGGAAAAUGGUUUCAAAAGUCAACCGACUGUCGGCGGCGCCGCUCUCCACCACGUGUACGAUGCUAGUCACGCUGCUGUUGGCGGUGGUUUGCACCCUAGCGAUCACACAGGUAGCCGGUCAAACACCAACUACGGCGGCAACGCCCGAGGCCACCGGCAGCAGUAGCAGUAGCAGUAGUGGUAGCAGUAGUAUCAGUACACCGAACAAAUCGCAGGUAUCGGAUGAAGCACUGGACAAAGCACUCAACGACAAGCGGUAUCUCAUGCGGCAACUGAAGUGCGCCCUCGGUGAGGUGCCCUGCGAUCCGGUUGGAAAGCGGUUGAAGAGUUUGGCCCCAUUCGUGCUACGAGGAGCAUGCCCCCAGUGCACCCCGGCGGAGUUGGUUCAGAUCAAAAAGACCUUGGCCCAUUUGCAACGAAAUUUCCCCGCCGAAUGGAAUAAGCUGGUGCAAACCUAUGCGGGCUAGAAAAAUUCCCCCAGGAACCGGAUUGGAAACUCCACCAACACUGUACAAAAUAAAAUCGAGAGAAAAAAAAAUAAGCUUCACCAGCAGGAUGUGUAAAAGCGCGAGUGAAAAUUAUCCCUCCGGGAGGGUUUUGUGGGAGAUAGUGAGUGGGACGAAGGGAAUUAUCAUAGCCAAAACAUCAAAAGGAACAAAAAAAAACAGCAAAAUAGUCGGAAGCGCGGAUGAUAACUUAUUACGACAAACCAGAACCAGCAGUGCAAACGCGACGCUGACGCUGAUGACGACGACGACGACGACGACGACGACGGUAGCUGAUAAAACAUUUGAAAAAGGGGAAAUUUCAAGCGUGGAAAUUUGCUUGCUAGGCGAUAAGGAUUAAAGCAAAGUGAUAAUAAAUUAUUGCGCUCAGCUGAGCGGAACAGCUUGGAAUGAA